AGCCAUUCCUAGCACCAGUUGCUGACCAGCCUCCCACGCACCUCCCUGCCUGCGUCUGGCUGCUUUGAAUGCCUGGUUCUUCAAGCUCCUUGGGGGUCUGACAAAGCAGGGACCAUGUCUACCUUCGGCUACAGGAGAGGACUUAGCAAAUAUGAAUCCAUCGAUGAGGAUGAACUCCUCGCUUCCCUGUCAGCUGAGGAGCUGAAGGAGCUAGAGAGGGAGUUGGAAGACAUUGAACCUGAUCGCAACCUUCCUGUGGGGCUAAGGCAAAAGAGCCUGACCGAGAAAACCCCUACUGGGACAUUCAGCAGAGAGGCACUGAUGGCCUAUUGGGAAAAGGAGUCCCAGAAACUCCUGGAGAAGGAGAGGCUGGGGGAGUGUGGAAAGGUUGCAGAAGAAGACAAAGAGGAGAGUGAGGAAGAGCUGAUCUUUACGGAAAGUAACAGUGAGGUUUCUGAGGAGGUGUACACGGAAGAGGAGGGGGAGGACGAGCACGAGGACGAGCAGGAGGAGGAGGACGAGGACGAGGACGAGGACGAGGACAGCGAUGAAGAGGAAAGAGCCAUCGACAACGAGAAAGGUAUUAAUGGAACUGUAAAUUAUGAAAGUGUCAAUUCUGACAAUUCCAGGCCAAAGACCUUUAAAAGCCAAAUAGAAAACAUAAGUUUGACCAAUGGCCACAGCGGAAGGAACGCAGAGUCGCCGGCGGCCAUCCACCCUUGCGGAAACCCCACGGUGAUCGAGGAUGCUUUGGAAAAAAUUAGAAACAACGACCCUGACACCACGGAAGUCAAUCUGAACAACAUCGAGAACAUCACGUCGCAGACGCUCGCCCGUUUCGCUGAGGCCCUCAAGGACAACACGGUGGUGAAGACCUUCAGUCUGGCCAACACGCACGCCGACGACAGCGCGGCGCUGGCCAUCGCGGACAUGCUCAGGGUCAACGAGCACAUCACCAACCUCAACAUCGACUCCAACUUCAUCACUGGCAAGGGCAUCCUGGCCAUCAUGAGGGCGCUGCAGCGCAACGCGGUGCUCACGGAACUGCGCUUCCACAACCAGAGGCACAUAAUGGGCAGCCAGGUGGAGAUGGAGAUCGUCAAGCUGCUGCGCGACAACACCACGCUGCUCAGGCUGGGCUACCAUUUCGAGCUCCCAGGACCAAGAAUGAGCAUGACGAGCCUCUUGACCCGAAACAUGGAUAAGCAGAGGCAGAAGCGGAUGCAGGAGCAAAAACAGCAAGAGGGGUACGAUGGAGGAUCCAAUCUGAGGACCAAAGUCUGGCAAAGAGGAACGCCUGGCUCUUCACCGUGUGCAUCGCCCUGGUCAUCCCCCAAACUCCCCAAGAAAGCCCAGACUGUGAGGAGCCGGCCUGCAUCUCCCGUGGCCCCUCCCCCUCCUCCACCCCCUCCCCCCCUUCCUCCCCAACGAUUGCCACCCCCUCCGCCGCCGCCACCUCCUCCACUUCCGGACAAAAAGUACAUCACCCGAAACAUCGCGGAGGUCAUCAAACAACAGGAGAGUGCCCAGCGGGCAUUACAAAAUGGACAGAAAAAGAAAAAAGGCAAAAAGGUUAAGAAACAGCCAAACAAUAUCCUAAAGGAAAUAAAAAAUUCCCUGAGGUCAGUGCAAGAGAAGAAAAUGGAAGACAGUUCCCGACCUUCUACCCCACAGAGAUCAGCUCAUGACAAUCUCAUGGAAGCGAUUCGGGGAAGUAGCAUAAAGCAGCUAAGACGGGUGGAAGUUCCAGCUGCUCUGCAAUAAAAACACCAUCUUUAGAAGAGGAUGCAGAAUUAUUCAGUAGUAUUAAAUAAAAUGCAUUGUGCGAUGUUUCUAAACUACUUUCUUCAAUUUGAAAUGUUCGCUGACUUUAAAAAUAGUUUCACCCUUUAAUUCCAAAGAGAAUUUUAAGGAACAAUCAGCAUAUUUCUUCUGUAAAUAUGAAAAUAAACUUUUUUAUGUCAGAUUUGUAUUGGCAAGAAGCAGUUUAAAGAUGCUAUUCAUAUCUUUGGAUGUGUUGGUAGCUCUGAGUUGUAAUGAGUUAACAAAAUGUGCUGUUAUUUUUGUAAUCCCAAUAAAUUUGGAUUGAAGUUUUUUUUUGUUUUUUUAAAACAAACUAAUAUUUUUUUGUGAGCUGAUCCACCUGUCAGCUGUGUAUGUAACAUUGCUAAAUAUUAAAAAUAUUACAUUCUCACCCCAAAAGGGUUUGGAUGCUUAGCAUUUGCUUCUCUUUGUUUUCUCACAUUCAAGAAAAUUUGAACAGAACUUUAAAUGUCUGGCAUCAAGAAUUUUCUUUAAAUUCUUCUUGGUAGAGAGAUAAAAGCUUGGGAAAAGACCCCAGAAGUGGCCACUAUCACCUUGGAUGGAUCAAUAUUAGACCCAGGACGCCAGCUGACACCCCCACAUUCACAUAAGGCCGCUAGAUCAAUUCAAUCAUGUAUAAUUAAAAUCAAAUAUUUCUGGAAGAAGCAACAUUGAAAGUUAGAAAGUUUCUUAGUCAAGAGGAGAUAAGUGCUAGGGGAAUGCUUGGAAGAUAAGCCCCCGAAAUUUGGAGUUGUCUUGUGCCUGAUGCUGCAAAUUCGCCAUUCAAUUCUCCUUUUAAGCUCUGCUUGGAUAAGCCUUAGCCCAAUGGGUUUCAGCUUUUUGAGCUCUACACACACAGUGGUGAGGACAACAUCCACAACACACAUCCAGGCACAAGGACACAUGUAUUUGUAAUCCCCAAGUAGUAUUCUACCCCACCCACCUCACUCAAGAAAGAUCUGAAUUCAAGUAAGAGAAAGAUGUAUCAGAGAUUACCUUCGUUCCACUAUCGUGUUCCCCUCCAGCUUCUGAAAGCUAUAAACCUUUUAGUCCCUUGCAAUAACUAUGAUUAGCAG